AUGAAGCCAACUAUUACAAAAGGUCUUUAUAAAUCUCUAACUCUCUAAUACUUAGGAGUGAAAAUUUUUUUUACUGUAAAUAAUUAUACAUUGGAAAGGAUUCUGUAUAUUUAAAAGAAAAGCUUUUAUUUUUAGCUUAUGUCUAAGAAUUCAAGUUGCUUAAAAUAAAAUAGAUUUACCUAGAUAUUUAAAAUAGCAAAGUAUUAUAUCAAUAUCAAAAUAUUUUCAUAAAAAAUCCUUUCUUGGUUACUUUCCUAAAAUUUCAAAUCUGACUAGGAGAGGAAGAGAGCUUCCUCCUAAUGAACUUGUAAUGAAUCUGAUCGAAAUUUCUAAGCAGCACAAAGCAGUCAUGGGAGGCGGCAUCAGAGAAAGCAUUUUAAAAAGCUUUGAAGACCUCAUCAACGAAAACAAGCUGAAAAACCUAGAUUUCGCUCGCUUAGCCAAUAUCCCUAAACUAUGUGAUCGAAUUGAGCUAUAUAACGUUCAAUUCUACAUGAUUAUUGCUAAUGAGAUCCAAAACAAGUUGCAUCAAUGCAAUGAUAAAGUUUUCUAUUAUCUUUCUGAUAUUGCUUAUUAUUACACCAAUUUCAAGCACUUCAUGAACCCAUCCUUCUACCGCUCUUUAGAAAAUCACGCAUUAUCUUUAAUUGAUAAAGCGGCACUUAACAAUAUUAUAUCAGUUUCAGUAAACUUAAACAAAAAUAUUGAGUUAAGUGAUGACUGGAUUGCUGCAUUUGAAAAAAAUUAUAUAUAAAAUAAUUGCAAUUAGAGAGAUUUUUAUUUAGGAAUUAAAGGCUAGAAAAAAUACCAUAAGUAGGUAUAUAGGGUUUCCCCUAGAUAGCCCUGCAAGGGCUGUGGAUUAAGCGGAAUCUUUCAGUUGGCCCGACCAACUCUCCAACCAAAGGAUUCCGCCCAGAAUCCACAGCCCUUGCAGGCUUAUUUAGGGGAAACCCCUAUAUAAGCAAACACCAAACAGUUGGGGUAAAAGAUUUAGGGCUCAUUGGAACUUUUCUGACUAGCUGUCCGAGUGUUGGAAAAAAUGAAAAAUUCAAUGAAGCAUUCUUAGGAGAUGUGAGAACUUUGAAAGAUAACUUGUGGAUGAUAAAUAUAGCACAAGUGGUGGGAGGGAUUGGAAAAAAAGGAAUUAAAUGUGAUGAACUUAUUGAGGAUCUGCAUAAAAAAGCGAUUGAGAUGAUACCAAAAUCGCAACCUACAGUUGUGAAGGAGGUGGGGAGAGCUUUUGAAGCGUUUGAUAGGCAAUUGGAGGUACCGUUUUACACACAUGUGAGACAUGCACAUCAGAAGACUGAAAGUAACACAAUUAAGAGAAAUAUUAGGUUCUUGGAAGAACAAUAUGAUUACGGGGCGUAUUCAUCUGGGAGUGAGGAUAGAUAA